AGCGCGUUUUAAAUGCCCCUUUUUCUUUGCCCAGUAAAGGACAAGUGUCCCAUUUAAGGGCGGUGACAUUUUCCCGUGUUUCACUUGGACUUGACGACUGACUGUACUUUUUAUUUAAUCCGGAGUUCGUAGCUCAUGGUCAUGCAGCGUUAUUCAGAGGUCUAAUGACAUUGUAUUAAAUAAGGGUAUUGACUAACCUGCAUUACUCGCGGAAACGGAUAAUUGGCGUGUUUUGCACUUCAGUUUACGGAUUGUAGAGCUUUAUUAUCCUCCGUUUGCAGCGCUUGUGGAUCCUAAUGCGGAUUAAGGCAUUCGGCGUGAACCCGGAAUAUAACUGUGGAUGUUGUUGAAAACUUUAGGUACUAAACUUUAUGGACGUCAAGGAUAUGGACGCAUCUGUAAAACCACCGACAGGCAGAAGGAUGAAAGCCAGAGCCCCCCCUCCGCCAGGGCCUCCCCAGCCUGCCCCCCGCAAAAUUUUCUCCACCCCCCGUAACGUCGUACCGGAUGGGGGCGGACAGGGUGGGGGCACGAAGGAGAACAUGGUCUAUCCCAUGGUGGACUUUCGCAUCAGCCUUCCUGGAGGUUUCCAGACUGAUGGGACUGUGGACGGCAGCAAAGCACUUAUGGACCUGCUGGUGGACCUGUGUGGCCGGUACCACCUGAAUCCGGCCCACCACACCCUGGAGUUGCUUUCCCCCGCGGGUCAGCCCGUUCCCUUCAAGCCCAAUGCACUGCUCGGCAUGCUGGAUGUGCGCUACGUUCUUAUCAAAGAGAAGGUUCCGGAAGGCAGAGUGAUCCGGAAGCCCCUACCCCGAGUGCCGGAGAAAACUGUACGCCUAGUGCUCAACUUCCAUAAGAAGCAGAAGGCGGUGCUGCGGGUCAAUCCUCAGGUGCCACUAGGAAGCCUGGUGCCAGUCAUCUGUGACAAGUGUGACUUCGACCCCGACCAUGUCAUCCUGCUGAAGGACAACAUCAGCAACCACGAGAUGGACCUGGACAAGUCUCUGGCCGAGCUGGGCGUCAGAGAGCUCUAUGUGCUCGACCAGAAGCUGGUUCUUCCGUCCAAAAUGUCCUCAGCACCUGUCCUGAACUACUCAGAAUCGAUCCACUCCGACAAUCUCAGCGACGACGGCGAGGAGAAGAAAGGCCUCCUGGGGUUCCUCAAAUUCAAACGGCGGAAAUCAAAGAAUGCCAGCCCUGCUCCGCCCCCCCCCUGCGUGGAGGUACGCCCCAACACGCUCGGCCAGUCUCAGUCCGUCAUGAACGUCUCCCGGACCUCCCCGAAGACCGAUGUGAAGAAGAGGCGGGCCCCCCCGCCGCCCCAGGCCACGCCGACCCCAUCCACACUGCAGUGCUUAGUGGAAACCUAUGAGGUGCGCUCCAGCUCCCCGAACAGCAGCCAACAGAAAAAGAGGAAGGCCCCGGCGCCCCCCCUGACCCCGGGCCCCCAGGCUGAGGACUCCACCAGCCACAGCAUCGUGUGCAGCAGCAGUGGGGGCGAUGGCAGCACUGGAAGCAGCACCAGCACUGGCAGCAUCGGUAGCAGCCUGGGGGCAGUGGAUUCGGCCCCCUGUGGGCAGGAGGAGGAGCCUGACGUGGUGCUCGAUGCCACACCUGAGGCAACAGAGUCACCCCUUAACGAGAGGAUGGAGGAGCCAGAGAACAUCCGGCACAGCGCCACAAGUGCUGAGCGGCAGGUGCCUCUGAAACCCCGACGAAUCCCCACGAGGGAGCCGCCCACCCUAACAAUCCCCCCUCCCCCACCUGACACACCCCCUCCCGCACAGCAGGACUCCCAUGAUGCUCCGCUGGAGCACCACGCUGAGGCGGCCCCCCAGCCUUGGCUCCGCACAUUGCAGGAUGAAGAGCCUGGUCUGGCUCCUGAACUGGAACCGGAGACUGUGUCUGUGGCGAGCAGCAGCGAUGGCAGCAGCAGCCUCCCUGACCAGGGCUACGCCCCCUCCGAGGGCAUGCCUGAAGAGGCCUAUGUGAGCUCGCCCUCUGAAGUCGCCCGCCCAACUUCUCCCAGCAGCGGUGUGUCGCCAGACAACCAGCCAGGUCACACUCGAAUUCCACCCAGGGACAGCUCCAGUGACAGCGAUGAAGGCUGUGCCACAUGGGGGUCCCGACACAGGCACAGUAAUGAAAUUCACCCGGGGGAGCAAUCAAGCAGGAACAAAGACACCUAUGAGGACGAUUUGGAGAUCACCGCCCAGCUUCAUGAGACUCUGGCUGAGUUGGAUGCUGGCCUAGCAGAUGUUGAUCACAUAGAUGAAGCCUCAAUAUGUGAGUCCUCUACAUCAGAUAAGUCUUUAGAUGGGGUCCCUGUGUCCUUUUUGGACUUGGAAGUGCCAGUAACGACUAUCAAUGAAGUUGUGGACAACCUAGAACCUAGUACAGCAAAUUACGAGGUGUCAUCAUUGUCUCGUAUGCAAAAUGUCAUCAUUGGAAAUCACAUUCCUAUCUAUAAGCCACAUGGCGGUGUAAGAGUCAAAGAUGACAGUGCCUUCACCAAGUGCGGAGACAGUCCGGGAUUUCCUCAUGCAGCACUAGGUGAUAGGAUGCCUGAGGAAAGACUCAACAACAGCAGCAGAAGAGAGGAGGAAGUCAAAGAUAAAACGACAGCGAUCCCAGUGACAGAAAUCCAAGAUGGCGCCUGGAAAGAAGACAGUCACAUAGAAACUGCUGUAUUUGCAUCCUCCGCUCAGGACAUGACCGGCAAGUCGUCAAGAGAUCAAAGGUGCCUGGCAGCUACUAAGGGCCAAACCAGUCAACCUCCUAAGGAAACUGAGGCAACCGUCCCCAUGAAACGACAAAUGGCACAAAACACCAUCACCCCGAAUCCCAGUUCCCGUUAUGGCUUAAAGACGUUCACCGUCGUUCCCCCGAAGCCGACAAUGACACAGAAUUCAGCUGGCUCUUUGGUUAUCGGUGCCAUUAAAAUCGAUGCUUUAGGAAAUAUGGUUUUGCAAGACAAUAAACACAGAAGAUCUCUGAGACCUGAAGGUGGCACAGAGGUGGGGAAAGCCAAGGCCUUUUCGACGUCAACGAAGCAGCAAGAUACAGUACCUUGCAAUAGGGAUGUUAGCAACAAAACAAAAGAUCUACAGAUCUCCAAGCCAGCGCCUGCAGAAACAUUGAAGACCACUGUUGAUGGAACACAGAGCAAGAGUUUGUUUACAGAUCCCAAAGAGCCGUUUGUAAAACCCAUGCAUGAGUCUGACCAAAAGAGAGACCUGUCCUUUUUAAAACCGUCGAGAAGAACGUCCAGCCAGUAUGUGGCUUCCGCCAUAUCCAAGUACACUAGAGGGCCUUCGACUGGAACUAAGAGAAGUCUGGAGUUGAAUGCAGCAGCUGACUUAUCAGUCUCCAAGCAAGAGUUCUCUGGCACCAAAAACUUUUCAAAUAGCAGUAGAUUUGAAGAAAUGCAUUCAAAUAACUCAACACACAUUGCAGACUCUGAAUGUGUGUUAGAUGUGAAAGGAAUCAGCGGCUCAGUUCCGGUGACCAAUCCUAAGUGUUCCGCGAGUUUCCAAGAACACACCAAUUAUAAAGUGGAAAAUACAAGAGCGAAUCAAGAUGAGAACAACUCGUUGCCUGAAGAAGGAGGCAAAAAUACGGCAAAAGCUAAUUCCAGGAAUGAGUCCUGCACCACUGUACCCAGGCACCAGUCUAUUACAUCUACACAACAGCGAAAGUCUCCCGCUAAACCAGAACUUGCCAUUUCACAGUCCGUCUACAGCUCUGUCCCUGCACAGGAUGCCAUGGAUGCCGACAGUCUGGUAUUGGACAGGAAGUCUGACUCUCCGCCGUCUACUGGCGCCUCUACAGAAGGCUGUCAGCCAGGUGUGUUCGGUCCUGUCACAAAGUUCAAACCUGUCAUAAUGAAGGCCAUUCAGAAGGAAACUUCACUGCACAGCACUCUCAUGGAGGCUAUCCAGUCCGGCGAUGGGAAGGACCGUCUCAGAAAGGUGUCUGGUGCAGCACAGGAAAGCUCUUCCACGUCCCUGUCGUUUGUCACAACUGAAAAUGAACAUUGUGCACUUUUAGCAGCUAUAAGAGCUCAGAAUAACUCCACAAGACUUAGAAAGACCAAAUCUGAAGCAGCAUCUGAGCUGGAGGGGUACAGGAAGGCUGAAUUGGGGGGCACUGCGCUGCCCGAACCCCUGCCUCCGCCCCCUGCCUUUGCACCCCCUCCUCCACCUGUGCCUUACGUGCCGUCCAUGGUGAGCUCAGCACGGAACCCUCCGGAAGGCGCCAGGGAGGCUCUCCUGGAGGCCAUCCGUUCAGGAUUUGGAGCUCAGAAACUAAAGAAGGUCCCUGUCCCCACAAAAACAGUGCUUGUGAAUGGCAGACUGGGGAAAAUACGGGCAUCGUCGUCAGUCCUGCAAGGCCACGAGAAAACAUCAGAAUCUCGUCUGCAGCAUUUGCACAAGCCGUUUCACAGGACAACCACAGGCCAAUAGAUACACUCUCCCUUCUCCAAAUAAUUGUCUACUCAUACAUUUUAUAUACUUGAGCAGCUUAUGUUAGCUGUUCAGAAAGAUGCUGGACAAGAAGAUGCCAAUAAUUGUUGUUUAUGUUGUAUGCAAAGAUUGACGCACUUUUCAAAUAUUUCUUGCGGCUGUAUGAAUCUGUUUCCUGGCUGAAGUUCCAGAGUAACAUCCACCUGCCAAUCACAGUUUAUAUGACCAAUUCAGAUUAUUUCUGAAUUUGCAUAUAUUGAAAUUCAGGGAACAUCUUCCACCUUUCGUACAAGCAGAUUUUGAUUGUUUUGAAUUAUUUUUAAAGCCAAUUUGUCAUUUUAUUUCAUGUAAAAUGUAAAAAAAUGAUCAAAGAAUGCACAAAUCCUGUCCCCUUCAAAUCCUCUAGCUGGUCAUUUCAAAAUCAUCUACAGUGUACAGAUGCUCCUCUACUUACGAAUGAGUUAUGUUCCGAACAGCCGUUCAUAAAAUGAAAAGUUCAUAAAUCAUUAUUCAACAUCAUUUUAAGGGUAUACGUAAGUACAAAGAACUAGGAUGCUGUGAGUACGCACGCUACACUGCUGCACGGCGGGAGUAGCGGCCAGAAGUCGUACUAGGCGGAAUUGGUGCACAGAAAAAAAAAAUUAUGUUGUGGACAGGAAACGGGAGCCCAGUGAACACAAUUUGGACUUAGAGUCCUCUUCGUUCGUAAGUUGAAAGUUCGUAAGUAGAGGAGCAUCUGUAUUUUGUUUCUAUUGGGAAAAACAAAAGUGUGCAGCUUUGAAGAAUAUUUUUGUUCAUUGAAGUUGGAAUAUUAAGACAUUUGUCUUUUUGAGUGGAAUAUUAUGAAAAUGUAAUGUGAUUGUUCAUAGAAAGGAGGUUAACUGAUCAUUUGUCUUGUACAUAUUUACUUUCUCUGAAACAAUAUUAGUACAUCGAAGCUGUAAAUAUGUAUUAAUGUAGAACAGUGGGUCAGUCUGACUACUAAUUCAAAGUAUUAUUAAUAACGGAGUUCUUCCAAAUUAUUUAAUUCUAUGCCAAUUUAAUUCUAGUACAUACGGUACACAAAAUGUUUAAUCGAAGACCGAACAUGAAAAACUGGUCUGAGGACGUAUCUGUAAGCGGGGAUGUUUGCGUAUAUUAAAUAUUGGUAGAUGUCUUUAGGAUGCUAAUAUGCUAACAUAAAAUGUUAGGACUGCAUGAUGAACUGGCCUGGCGGCUUGAAGAAGUGCAAUUUUUGGAGUGUUUUGUUUUGGGUGCAGAUAUUUAAUAUGAGGAAAUAAAUCUUGGGCCAAUAAUGAGUACUGAGUAUAAAUAUAGAAAUAUGUAAGGAAAUGAAAUGAAAUGUCUCUGCUAACAGGUUUGCCAGUUGUAAGAACAGACUCACUGAUACAGUACAUAUAUAGAUAUAUAGAUACAUACACACAUAUAUACACACACAUAUAUACACACACACGAUUGUAUUCAUCUUUGUUGGAACCACUCAUUCAUUUCUAUAGGCAUAACUCUAAUCCCAACAUGACGACGUUAACCCCUAACCAGUCCUAACCUUAACCAUAUUUAACCAAACAAAAUACAAGACUUUUGGCACUUUUAGUUUUUUGAUUACAGUCACAGUUUUUUUUGUAUAAAAUUGAGUUUCCCUUUGUGGGGACUGGUCCCCACAACGUCAGAAUAACAGGUUUUUAUCACACUGUGGGCACAUUUGGUCCCCACAAACUAAUACACUCAUAAACACACACACAAAUACACACACAAGUGACUGCUGUAAUUUCUUGACAAUGUGUCUUAUCCCCGUGUAUAAGUGUAACCAUGGUCCCAACCCCCCUCUGUACUGGACUUCACUGUUUGUGGUGCAGGGUGCCUUUUGCCCCCCACCCCCAAAGCUUCUUGUUGUCCCGUUCCCUUCCUUCCCCCCUCUGGCUCCUUAAAGGGCAUUCCUAAAUAAACCGAAUCCUGAAAUUAA